GCCCUGCCCCGGGCCCGGCGGCGGGGCGGACAGGAGAGAGGCAGGCGAGGCCGCGUCUCCAUGUGCGGCGCAGCCCCGGCAUAGCCCGGGUCGGCCGGUGCCCGCCGCGCCCUUGUUGGGGGAGGGGGCGGCCUCUGAGCUUGGCGGAGUCCGGGGCCGAGCGGAGGCGACGGCGGCGAGGAGCGGAGGCGCCCCAUGGGGAACACGCUGACCUGUUGCGUGUCCCCCAGUGCCAGCCCCAAGCUGGGCCGGCGCGCGGGGCCGGCGGAGCCAGACUACGAGUCUGAGGUCUACGAGGCGGCGGCCGGAGACGCGGUGGCCGUAGCACCGGCGCCGGCUGCCGUGGAACCCACCGAGUUGGAUUUCCGAGCGGGUGAAGGCCGCCACCUGCAGCACAUCAGCGACCGGGAGAUGCCCGAAGACUUAGCUUUGGAAUCAAACCCUUCUGACCACCCAAGGGCAAGCACAAUUUUCCUGAGCAAAUCUCAAACGGACGUGCGAGAAAAGAGGAAGAGCAACCAUUUAAACCAUGUACCUUCAGGGCAGCUUACUAAAAAGUAUAGCUCAUGCCCAACCGUAUUUCUAGAUGACAGCACAGUCAGCCAGCCUAAUCUUAGAACCACAAUAAAAUGUGUGAUCUUAGCAAUAUAUUACCACAUAAAGAACAGAGAUGCCAAUAGGUCCUUGGACAUUUUUGAUGAGAGAUCACAUCCACUCACACGAGAAAGGGUUCCGGAGGAGUACUUUAAGCAUGAUCCUGAACACAAAUUCAUUUACAGAUUUGUUCAUACUCUUUUCAGUGCCGCCCAGCUGACUGCUGAAUGUGCAGUAGUGACUUUGGUUUACUUAGAAAGGCUUUUAACUUAUGCUGAGAUCGACAUUUGCCCCACUAACUGGAAAAGAAUUGUUUUGGGAGCCAUUCUUCUUGCCUCCAAGGUUUGGGACGAUCAGGCUAUUUGGAAUGUGGACUACUCCCAGAUCCUAAAGGACAUUACAGUUGAGGACAUGAAUGAGAUGGAAAGGCACUUUCUGGAGCUCCUUCAGUUUAAUAUUAAUGUUUCCGCCAGUGUUUAUGCCAAAUACUACUUUGACCUUUGCUCCUUAGCAGAUGACAACAACCUGAGUUUUCUAACUGCUCCUCUUAGCAAAGAAAGAGCACAGAGCCUAGAGGCCAUCUCCAGACUGUGUGAAGACAAAUACAAAGACUUGGGCAGAGUUGCUGUGAGAAGGUCUUUCAGCACUGAUAAUUUCAUUGGUAUUCAGCGCUCCAAUGCCAUCCUCUCAUGAACAGAGAGAGGUGAGGGGUUGCAGCAUCAUGAACCCCUGGUAACAAGGACUGGAGAAAUACCACCUCUCCUGCUCAGAAACCAGCAAAGUUAGUAUUUUCACCUAGAAGAAAGACACUGAAUUCAAGAGACUUGCAGACAGCAAAGGUUAUGGUCAUAGGAAAAACUGGACCUUGUCAAGGCAACACACUCUUCUGUCCUUUUUAAUGGAAACAGAGUUACAAAAACCACUCCAAAGCUAAAAGCUUCCAACCCACCCACAGAUAUUUGCUUACUGUGUAGGCCGAUAACUGUGAACUAUGUGAGGUUUUUUUAAUAGUUUAAAUUUUUAGACUUUAAAGACACUAACUGUAUAACUUUUACUUUUUCCUAUUUUUCUCGCCCAUAUUGCUGCAUAUUCCUUUAGAAUCACUGCAGUAUUGCCGUUCAAACACGGGACUCCUGACGACUCAUAAAGCCACUUAGGAACAGACUGCUGUAGCACUGUUAGGUUUUGAAGGAUUCUUCCUCCCUAUUUCAUUGAAGCUGCUAGUCAUUUUUGGCAAUCAGUUUAAACCAAAAAGCUGCUGAAUAACACUUGUCAUUCAGUUUUUUUGCAAGCACUACUUAUUAGCAUAUUAGCAUGUUUGGGAUCAUAAGCAGAGAAAGUAUGUUGUUACCUACUUCUAUUGGGUCCGAGCUGCGUUUCUUGUUAACGCUAAUGGUGCUUCUCAUUUUCUGAUGAUUUUCCUCUUUGUUAAAUACUUGUAUUAAAGGAUAUUUUCAUAAUUCUAGCCAACCUGUUAGUCCAGAAAUAAGCAGAUAGUGAAAUAGAAGGUGUCCCAGAAGUCUUGGUGCAAUUUUAAGCUUUAAUACAGUGUGCUUGGACACUCCAGGACACUGCCGCAGAAGUAUAAAUGCUACAGACGCAAAAUGUGACUUGAAAGUUUACUUGAAUUUCUUCUAAACUCAUUUAGUUUUGUAAAUCUUAGAUGUUAAGCUUUUAAUUUGAAUUUUUUGUUUCAGUCCCUCUUGAAGAUGGCAAACAAUAGGCUGAAACAAAAGGUUAAAAUUAAGAGCUUAAUGUUUAAAAUUUACAAAACUAAAUGAGUUUAGAAGAAAUUCAAGUAAACUCUCAGGUGAUGUUUUCUAAGUUUGUAGCAUUUAUAUUUCUACAAGUAUCAAAGCUUCAAAUUGCACAAAGACUUCAGGAGGAUAUCUUGUAUCUUUAUAGACCUGGCCUCCUCUUUUUAAAAUAGUCCUUUGCCUGGCUGGGCUGUUGAUCAGCUUGAACAGGGAAGUUUCUUUUUUCUAGGUUUGGUAAAGGAAUAAUGAACAAUAGCAAUAGUUCUCGGUAAUAAACUGAAAGGAACUGGACCCUAGCAGUAGUGACAGGAAAGUAAGCGACAUGAAACAGCUUUUCUGUUCUGCGUGUUAACCUGGCUGUAGGUGUGUCACUUCAAGUUGUUACUUGAGGAAAGAUAAAUCUUAGGAACCCUUACCUCAGGCUUUUUAAAACACAGGGUACCGCUUAGCCACCAGGAAGCCCAUUAAAAGACAGGGAGGUCCAGUAAUCAGUCUUUUAGGAAAUUGGUAAUGAUGUCACCUAAACUUGAAACAUUAAAAAAAAAAAAGUGUUCUCAACUAUGUAAAAUCUUUCUCCUACCUUCUCAAACAUAAUCCUAGGAAUUUUGCCUGUAAACAAAGCAUUUCUGGGCUAGAAAUACUUUCUCUCUUUAUAGCAAGGCUUCACAUUAUAUUGAGUGCCACAGGUUCCAUCAUUUUUAAAGGACAGAGACAUAAAUGAUAAAUAAUGGAUAUAAAAUAUUACAGUCUACCACCUCAAAAAAUGUUGUUUAUGGAGCUUGGAGAUUCAAGUAUCGAUUGCAGUUUUAUUUUGAAAAGGAUGCUACAACUUGUGUGGUUUUUCUUCCUCGUGUUUAUAUUAAAAGAAAAGCUAAUAAACUCUAUUUUAAUUAAAAUA